CAUUGUUCCCCUCCGAGGCGGCUCCUCCCGGCCGGGCCAUGGGCUCCUCCGCGCCUUUGUUCCCCGCCUGAGCCGUCGCGCGAGUCCCCUUUGGCCAGCCCAGGCAGACGCGGCCCUCCUCGGCCAGCCAUGGAUGUGACCAUUUCCGAACUCCUGGAGCUCUUUCUGCAGAGCCCCUUGGUGACCUGGGUGAAGACUUUUGGACCAUUAGGAAAUGAAAAUGGAGAGAAACUCGCCAUGUACAUGGAUCUGGUGGAUGGAAUCUUCCUGAACAAAAUAAUGUUGCAAGUGGAUCCACGGCCGACAAAUCAACGUGUCAACAAACAUGUCAACAAUGAUAUCAACCUCCGGAUUCAAAAUCUCACCAUCUUGGUCCGAAACAUCAAGACCUAUUAUCAGGAGGUCCUCCAGCAGCUGAUCAUAAUGAGUUUGCCGAACGUUUUAUCAAUUGCCAAAGACCCUCUGUCUGGUAAAAGUAUGGAUGAAAUUAAAAAGCUGCUGCUGCUGGUAUUGGGUUGUGCUGUACAGUGUGAAAGAAAAGAAGAAUUCAUUGAAAGGAUAAAGCAGUUAGAUAUUGAAACUCAGUCUGGGAUUGUUUCACACAUUCAAGAGGUGACACAUAAUCAGGAAAAUGUAUUUGACUUGCAAUGGCUGGAGCUGCCAGAUAUGGCCCCGGAAGAGCUAGAAUCUCUCUCCAGAAAUAUGGUUUUCCACCUUAAGAGGCUAAUUGAUGAGAGGGAUGAAUGCACUGAGCUAAUUGUAGAUCUCACUCAGGAGAGAGAUUAUCUGCAGUCCCAACGGCCUCCAAGUCCACUAAAAACAUCCAGCCCAGCCUCUCCCCCAAAUGUGGUCAGCCGCCUCUCCAAUGAGGACAAACAACAUCUGUCUGUCGAGCUUGCAGACACAAAAGCUAAACUAAGAAGGAUCAGGCAGGAGCUGGAAGAGAAAUCAGAGCAGCUUGUUGACACAAGACAUGAAGUAGAUCAGCUAGUCUUGGAACUUCAGAAAAUAAAGCAAGAGAACAUUAACCUCAUGGCAGAUGCCCGUUCUGCUCGGGCCUACAGAGAUGAAGUGGAUUCCUUAAGAGAAAAAUCGAAUAGAGUUGAGAGACUUGAGAUGGAGCUGGUCCGAUGUAAAGAGAAACUGCAUGAUGUGGAUUUCUACAAAGCACGAAUGGAGGAGCUUAGAGAAGACAACAUUAUACUAAUUGAAACUAAAACAAUGCUUGAAGAACAGUUGAUGCUAGCGAGGGCUCGUGGUGACAAACUGCAUGAAGUUGAAAAGGAAAAUUUGCAGCUGAAAUCCAAACUUCAUGACAUAGAACUGGAUAGGGAUACGGACAAAAAGAGAAUUGAAGAGCUGCUAGAAGAGAAUAUGGUGCUAGAAAUUGCACAGAAGCAAAGCAUGAACGAGUCUGUAUAUCUGGGCAGGGAACUGGAACAGCUUUCAAAGAGCACAGACCUGUCAGACACAAGGAAAUCUUUUGUAUAUGAACUGAAUGAAUGUGCAUCAAGCCGUAUCUUGAAGCUUGAAAAGGACAACCAGAGCUUACAAAAUAUCAUCCAGGAACUCCGGGAUGCAUCUCUUAGCACUGAAGAGAGCAGCUUUAAGUUUGUGGAGCUGCAAAAUGAGAAUCAGCAGCUUGGCCAAAAGAUUGAGAAAUUACAAAACCAGAUUGAAAGAGAGAAACAAAGUAAUCAAGACUUGGAGACAUUAAGUGAAGAGCUCAUAAAAGAGAAAGAGGAACUUCAGAGCAAGAUGGAGACCUUAAAGGCUGACAAAGAAAGACAGAUAAAAGACCUGGAAAAAGAAAAGUAUCAUCUCAAUCAAGUGGUUUUAUCGCUAAGGCAGAGAUCACAAGUUAGCAGUGAGGCCAAAGUGAAAGACAUUGAAAUGGAAAACAAAGUACUCCAUGAAACAGUGACAGAGACUAGUAGCAAGCUCAGCAAGCUGGAGUUUGAGAAGAAGCAACUGCAGAGGGACUUCGAGCAGGUCAAAGAGAAGGUGGAAAGAGUAGAAGAAAUGGACAAGGAGCUUCAUCGGCUUGAAAGGGAGAAUGAGCAGCUCACCAAGAAAGUCACGGCCAUGAAAAUCACUACGGACAAAAUUGACAUUCUUGAGCAAGAAAAUGGGGAUUUGGAAAUGGAGAACAUGAAGCUGAAGAAAUCGCUAGAUACUUUGCACAAUGUUACAGUCCGACUAGAGAGCUUGGAAAAAGACAACAAAGAGUUGGAUGAGCAGAAUCUGGAACUCAGGAAGAUGGUGGAGACAAUGAGGUUUACCAGUGCAAAAAUGGCUCAGCUAGAGGCAGAAAAUAAAGAGCUGGAAAGGGAAAAAGAGGAACUUGGGAAAAAUGUUGACAUGUUAAAGAUGUUGAUCAAGAAAUCUGAAAGGUUGGAGUUGAGUUACCAGAGCGUCAGUGCUGAGAACCAAAGACUCCAGCAGAUCCUGGAGAACAGCAGCAAGAAAAUCCAUCAGUUGGAGAAGGAACUCCAGGGCACCGAAAGUGAAAACCAGACACUCAGCAGAAGGUUAGAGGAGCUGAAGGUUUCAAAUAAGCGUCUGGAGUGGCUGGAAAAGGAAAAGAAACUGCUUGAGCAAGAAGUGACCCAGCUGGACAAGGACAAAAAGAUGCUGGAGAAGGAGGCGAAAAGGCUUUGGCAGCAGGUAGAACUAAAAGAUGCCACUUUGGAUGACAACACUGCAAGGCUGGCCUCUCUGGAGAAAGAAAACAGAACACUAGAAAGAGACCUUGCUAAGUUCAGGGAUUCGUCCAAUAAGAUGAAAGAAUUUGAAAAAGACAAUAAAGACCUUCUAAAGCAAGUUACCAUUGAUAAGAGAACACUGGCUACAUUGAGAGAGGAUUUGGUUCUUGAGAAAUUAAAGAGCCAGAGAUUGUCUGGUGAGCUGGACAAGCUUGGCCAGGAAUUAGAGAAGAUUGGAUUGAACAAGGAGUUGCUGCUGCAAGAUGACAAUGGCAACAGUGACAAGAAAUACAAGAUCCUGGAAAUAAAGACUGAAUGUGCACUGAAGACAACACUAGCUAAUAGAGAAGAGAAAAUUGCUAUGCUGGAAGCUCAAGUGCAAGAGUUUGUUAGCUUGAACCAGCACCUGCAGAAUGAACUAAAUAUGGUAAGGAAGGACUUUGAAGGUCUCAAGCAGAGAGAAAAGGAAGGGCAUGUGCAGAAUUCAUCAAAACAGCCCUCGGAGAACGUUGUUUCUAGUCAUCAGGCAAAAGAAAAGUGGGAAAUGCUUCACCAGGAAGCAACAGUGGAACUUCUGAAAGUGAAGGACCGAGCUAUAGAGCUGGAAAGAAAUAAUGCAGCCUUGCACGCAGAGAAGCAGCUUCUCAAGGAACAAUUAAGACAUUUGGAAAACCAGAAUACCUCCUUCAGCAAUCAGAUCAUGACACUACAGAAGCAAAACAUCUUUCUUCAAGAGCACAACACAGCUAUGCAGACGCAAACUGCCAAGCUCCAGGUAGAGAACUCAACACUAAAUUCCCAGAGUGCCUCCUUGAUGUCCCAGAACACUCUACUCCAAAACCAGCAUCUGGCCAAGGAGAAUGAAUAUGACAACAUAUUGAAGCAGAAAGAACAGCUCAAAGCGGAGUAUGAGUCUUUGCUUCAAGACCACGAGCACCUGGCCUCACUUCAUGAGCGGCAGUCGACAGAAUACGAAAUGCUGAUAAACCAGCACAGCUGCCUCAAGACUGUCCACAAAAAUCUUGACCUGGAUCACAAAGAUCUGGGGGAAAGGUACAAUAGCUUGUUGCAGUACAAAGCUGAACUGGAGGAGCUGGAAGUUGUGUUAAAAUCAGAAAAAGAGGUUCUACAGCAAGAAAAGAGCUUGAGCACGGUCGCUGCUGCAGAGAACCAGAAGCUGAGAGAGGAGCUGGAGAGGGUGCAUUUCUUACACAAUCAACUCAAAGCAGAGUAUGAAGGGCUUCAUCUUCACACUAAAGAGCUGAAAACUUCCUUGAAUAAUUCUCAGCUGGAACUGAACCGCUGGCAGGCUCGCUACGAUGAGUUGAAGGAACAGCACCAAACCAUGGACAUCUCCUUGACCAAACUGGACAACCAUUGUGAGUUGCUUGCUCGACUAAAAGGAAACUUGGAAGAAGAGAAUCAUCAUCUCUUGAGUCAGAUCCAGAUGCUGAGUCAGCAGAACCAGAUGUUGUUGGAGCAGAACAUGGAGAACAAGGAACAGUACCACGAGGAACAGAAGCAAUAUAUUGAUAAACUAAAUGCCUUAAGGAGAAACAAAGAAAAACUGGAAGAGAAAAUAAUGGAUCAGUAUAAGUUUUACGACCCAGCUCCAAAAAAGAAAAACCACUGGAUAGGAGCCAAAGCCUUGGUGAAAUUCAUAAAGCCAAAGAAAGAGGUGACAAGAGAACGGUCGAAAUCUGCAGUAGAGACUCCUCCGUGGCAUUUGGAUAGUGCAGAGGCAGCAGGAUCGCCACCUCCCUCCCAGCAGCCCAAGCAACAAGAGAGCCUGGAUAGCACCUCAUCAGUAGGGCCCAACUCUGCAGAAGGCAGAGAACAGAAUAAUGGAUCUGCAGGCAAAGUGGAUUCAAAACAGAAGAGAGUUUCUCAUUACGGAGGCAGCAGCGACUACGUUGAAAAUGCUCUUAAGCACUGCUAUGUGGAGCCAAGUUCCAGGACCCACUCUUCGUCAACCACCUUCUUGGCCACUUCUACUCCCACCUCUAAACAACAUAGCAGACCCAAAGGCUACAAUUCAGACAGUGAUCUGUGUAAAAACUUCCCAGAGGCAGAAUUUUCAAACAAGCAGCACACGUCCAGGCCAAAUAGCUUAGAAAACAGUGAAAAUGCAUCCACUAGCAGCUUCCCUCUGAACUUGAAAGGUUCUUUUGACCGCACUUGUAGAAGAUCAGAGAGCCUCAGCAGCGAAGACAUGGUGCAGAACAAAGACAUGACCAGUUCAUGUAGAGAUGGGCUGUUUAACCCCAGCUCUUCGGCUGUUGCUGCCUCAAACACUAAACACAGGAGUGGCUUGUUCUCAAGUGAUGUACCUCAGAAAAAUGUCCAUGCACAGUCUGUUAGGCACCGAUCUGCUUCUCCAGGAAGUGAGAUGGUAACACUGGAAGAAUUCCUGGAAGAGAGCAACAUGCUAUCACCACUAAAUGAUACAUCAAGCAGAGAUGACUUGUUGAGUGACUAUUUCAGAAAAAUAAAUGAACCUCCUCCUAUCAGCAAUCAGCUCUCUCAGGCAAAGAGGAAGGAGACCGCAAAAAUGCCAACCAGCUACGUCACACCCACUGUAAAGGUGCCUGUCACGAAUGAAGAUGGAAGGCCGCCAAAACCAGGGCAUUAUGUCAAGCCAAGCCCUAGACCAGCUGAAUCUGAGCUUCUAGCAAACUUGACUGGUUCCUACAAACUUACUCAUGCAUCUCAAAAUCAACCCAGCAAGGGGUCAAGGCAGAUGGCACAGCCUCCACAACCCAGUACUAUAAGCAGGCAGAGUACAUCACUGAACCGAGCUUUCAGCCUAGCUUCAGCAGACCUCCUCAAAGCUACUGGUCCAGACACAUACAGGCGCUGCGAGAGCCUUCCAAAGUCUGUGACUGCAGACAGCCGAACAGGCAAGGACAUAAACAGCCAGACUCUGCCACUCCCAUCACCUGCUGGCUCUCAGGUCCCCCUCAGAGAAAGGCCACAAUCUGCAAAGUUGGGGAGCUCUUUGCAAGGUGUUGAUGCACGCUGUCGACAGCUUGAUGUUCGACGCCUCUCGCUAGCACCUCCAAAAGAUGAGAGGCCACUCCCAUUCCCUCCCUUUUCUUGCUCUCCAGCUACUUCUAAUGACGAUCUAAACUGUCAGCCACUCGAGCAGACAAAUGCAGGGUCAGAGCAGCACCAUCUUUCCCCUCAUUCUACUUCUAAAAUCAAACCUAAAUCAACUGCACGAUCUGGGGAAAUAGCCACUGUGACUCCUGUCAGAGUUGUCUCCGCUGAGGGGAACAUUUCCCCAGCACUCAACUCAAGCGACACCUCCGUUACCAAAUGCCAGAGUCGAUCUCCAGAAAAUAAAACUCUGUCAGGAAGUACUGAAGAAACAAACAGAGGGGGCGUAUCCAAGAACCCUCCAGCAUCACCAGAUCCUCACAGUGAUCAGCAGACUGUUUGGUAUGAAUAUGGCUGUGUUUGAUGCUUCCUCUCCUUUCCUCUCCUACCCCUUCGGGCCGCAAUUCCCUGAAAUGUAUAUAAUAUUUGCUUUACUAUUUACAACUGGGUGGUUUUGGAAGUGACAGUUUGUUGUCUCAGCUGCCUUGGAUAUGCUAAAGAGUGUGUUCAAACGAAGACGUUGGCACUCCUGAGGUGAAAGACAGAAUUGCCAAAUAUGGUUGCUCUUGUGCUUGGAAGCCCUGUGAACAGCUGGAAUAUGCCCUCACCCUUGAAAGCCAGGCAGCUAAGCCAAACUCUUGAAACACUGUGGAAUGAACACCCCAUCUCCUCCUUGUAUCUCCUUCCCUGUUGUCAAUAAAGCACACUUGUAUUGGUGUGUCUGUCAGUCUGCUGAACUCAGUCCUUACUGAAAAAUGUUACAGCAGAUACAACCCCCUCUUUUAGUGUAAAGAACAAGGUGUUCUUUCGCAAACUUUAAAAGAAUCUGUGAGUCACUUUCUUCUAGUAGUUCUGGUUUAAACAGCUGCUCUAAAAAGCCUAUGGCCUUCACAGUUACAUUAGAGGCCUGUUCAAUACCCUGGCUUUCACUGCACCUGCCUUGGAGUCCUGGAAAGGGAUUGCCUUUUGGAUCUCUUUUAAAUUUUUUAUGCAAAACACUGGAAGUGAUCCACUCCUUGUGUGUGUGUGUGUGUGAGAGAGAGAGGGGGGGUAUGUCUCCUUUAAAUGGCACAGGCAGCUCUCUCUGCAGUAGGCUAACAUGUUCCUUAGUAAAAUAGAAAAGUGUCCAGUAGCACCUU